AUGAGUUUUUCAAAAGCCGACUUUGAGGAGCAGUCCAAACGUGUUAUCACUGCUCUUCACGAAUCAGGUAAGUUUGAAUGGCGUUGGGACCCUCUUGGUUACAUCUUCCAUGAGAGCGAGAUUGGUGAUCUCACCACACCAAUACAUUUAGAAAACGACGAUGACAUUAUAGAAGAAGAACCUGAUGCCUUUAAGGUUGACUUAAUCAACAAGAAUUUCAAAAAACGUUAUAAAAUGACACACAAUGUAAUUUACAACACGUCGUACCAAGUCCCACAACUUGGGGUUUCUAUAUUUGACCAAAUAGAAAAUCGGUUUGUUGUCAAAUUGAAUGAAGCAACAGAGAUAUUAAAAAAGUUCAACGGCAGAGAAGUCCCAGACAACACAGAUUCCAUAAACAUGUUCAUCACACUUGACGAACAUCCACUUAUUGACGACUUAUACAUGUUCUUUAUACACCCGUGUGGGACUUCUUCGACAAUCGAGACGGUGAUUUCAACUGAAAAACGGGACUAUUUGAUUUGUUAUCUCAGUUCUUAUGGGCCUGAUGUUUGUUGUUUUGAAAAUUACUUGGCACUCCAACAUGUACUUUUGAAUGGUAAGUAA